GCUUGGGGAGACAGAGGCGGGCUGGGAGGGGCUGCACCCGGUGGGGAGGCACAGCUGGACGUGGGGGAGCAUCUGGGGUGAUGAAGCCCAUCUGAAGACCAGGGGCCAUGUCUAGGACCAGGAUGCACAUCUGGGGAGUAGGAUAGCUGCGAAUGGGAGGAGGGAACCACAGCUGGACUUGGGGGAGCGUCUGGGCAGGAGGGACCACAGACAAAUAUCGGUGACACUUGUGAGAAUUGGCCACAAGUGAAUGGGGCACACACCUGUGGGCGCAAAGUACGUACUGGAUGUGGAGAGGACAUCUGGAUAUGGGAGCAUCUCGGAGGCAGGGGCUACAGCUGGAUGUGGCGACCCAUGGGGUCACCUCUGGGAGAGGGGCAGCGGCUGCAUAUCGGAGAUACAUCCCGGGAGGAGGGAGCCACAGGCGCCCCAGGAUGGAGUCCCCACCCAGCACGGCAGGCCAGGAGGAGCAGGAGCUGCGGGAGCGGGCCUUCUUCUCGUGGGCCGAGUUCAGCCGCUUCUUCGACGCGUGGUGCCAGCAGCGGCUGGCACUCUUCUUCGUCAAGAGCUCCAUGCACCUGGCGCGCUGCCGCUGGGCCAGCGCGCCUCCGCUCUACACGCUCAUCGACGUGCUCAAGUACAGCUACGUGCGGCUCGUGUGCAAGGACGUGCGCGCGCCCAGCCGGCCCACCGUAGGGCCCCCCCAGCCCGGCUGCCCGGCCUUCAUCAUCGUCAAGCUGAGCCCGCUGCGGGACCGCCUCGUGGUGACAGAGUGCCAGCUGACCCACUCGCACCCGGCCUGCCCGCUCGAGUUCGCCUACUACUUCCGCCCGGGCCACCUGCUGGCCAACGCCUGCCUGCCCGUGCGCACCACCAACAAGAUCUCCAAGCAGUUUGUGGCCCCCGCCGACGUGCACCGCCUGCUCUCCUACUGCAAGGGCCGCGACCACGGCGUCCUGGACGCCCUGCACGUGCUCGAGGGGCUCUUCCGCACCGACCCCGAGGCCAAGGUGGGGUCUCGGGAGAGGCAGCCGGGGGCGGGGGACAGCCACGCCGGAGCCUCGCGGGUCAUUCAUUCAUCCAUCCGCCCACUCCUCCAUUCGCUCCUUUCAUCCGUUCCUCCGCGCGGGUCAUUAGCCAGGUGAAGCUGGUGUUCGUGGAGGACCAGGCGGUGGUGGAGACCGUGUUCUUCCUGACGUCGCGCACCCGGGCGCUGCUGCGGCGCUUCCCGCGCAUCCUCCUGGUGGACCGGCUGCCCGGGCUGCAGGGCGCGCUGGACCUGCUGGCGGUGCUGUGCGUGGACGGCGCGGGGCGCGCGCGCCAGGCCGCCUGCUGCGUGGCGCGCCCGGGCACGCCGAGCCUGCUGCGCUUUGCGCUGGCCUCGCUGCUGCAGAGCGCGCCCGACGUCAAGGGCCGCGUGCGCUGCCUGACCGCCGGGCCCGAGGUGGCGGCGCAGCUGCCGGCCGUGCGCCAGCUGCUGCCGGGCGCGCGCGUGCAGAUCUGCCGCGCGCAGGGCCUGGAGACGCUCUUCAGCAAGGCCCAGGAGCUGGGCGGCGCCGGCCGCGAGGACCCGGGCCUGUGGCCGCGCCUGUGCCGCCUGGCCGGCGCCUCGUCGCCCGCCGCCUACGCCGAGGCGCUGGCCGAGCUGCGCGCCCACGGCCCGGCCGCCUUCGUCGACUACUUCGAGCGCAACUGGGCCCCGCGCCGCGACAUGUGGGUGCGCUUCCGAGCCUUCGAGGCGGCCCGGGACCUGGACGCGUGCGCCCUGGUGCGCGGCCACCGCCGGCGCCUGCUGCGCCGCCUGAGCCCCUCGCGCAGCGUGGCGCAGUGCCUCCGCGACCUGGUGGCCAUGCAGUGGGCCGAUGCGGCCGGGGAGGCGGCGCCCGAGGGCCCCGACGGCGGGGGGCCUUGGCCAGAGGGCGAGCCGGGGAGGGGAGCCCACGUGGAGAAGGAAAGGAUGAAGGGCCUGGAGAGCGGGGACUGGGCAGGGACCCCGAGAGAAGGAAGUAUUUGGCGAGGCGCCCAGUUGGAGAAGGAGUGGGCCCGAGGAGUGGAGGCCAGAGACCGGGGAGGGGCUCAGUUAGAAAGUGACUCGGGGAGAGGGUUGCAGGUCCAAGACUGGAGAGGGCCCCAGUCGGAGAACGAGCACUGGAGAGGGCCAGAGAUCAGAGACUGGAGGGGGACCCCGUUGGAGGCCGAGAAAGAUUGGGGACCAGAAGGUUACGUAGGGAGAGGGGCCUGGUUGGAGGACGGUGGGCCGAGAGCAUUGGAAGGGUAUACCUGGAGGAUGGCCCAGCUGGAGGGUGACAGCAUUAGGGUGCUGGAGACCACAGAGCGGAGGGGGGCCCCGUUUGAUCCUGAGAGGGCCAAGAGUCUUGAAGGGAGCACCUGGCGGGGGGGCCAGCUGCACGAUGAGAGGGCACACGGACUGAAAACCAGAGACUGGAAGGGGCCUCAGCUGGAAGCUGAGAAGGGAAGGGGGCUGGAGGUCAGGACCUGGAGGGGGCACCAUGUGGAGAAGCCCAGGGAGUUGGUCCCUGAGAAUGGAGACCAAAGGGGGCCCCAGUGGGGAGAUGAGAGGCAGAGAGGGCCAGAGGUUGGAGAAGAGAGGGAAGUGAGGUUGGGGGUCAAAAGAAGAAGGGAUCUGGAAGAUGUAGUUCUGGUCCAUCUGGGGGACACGAGGGUGACAGGCCUGGAGAACGGAGAGGGAGCCCGGUCUGUGGGCCCCAAGGGCCGAGGAGAACAAGGGAUGGGGUGUGGGGGUGCAGGAGGGAGGUGUCUAGGGCUGGGGAACGGAGUCCCGUGUGGGCCCGCCGUGGGAACUGUGUGUGAAGGCGAUCCAGAAUGGGCAGGGACGCGGAGAGUGUGCCUGGCCGCUGGGGAGAGCCCGCAGGAAGGGGGUCAAGAAGAAGGUCCACGGGAACCAAAGAGGCCUUGCUGCCCCUCCGCAGAGGAGGAGGUGGACUGGGAGCCCCUGGCCAAGUUCCGAGCGGCCUGCGGGCCAGAGCUGGCGGAACUGGUGGCCGAAGAGCUGGCCUUCGCCAGGCAGCACGGGACCCGGGGUUUCCACUGGACUGGAGCUGGGUUUGCCCUUAAGGACGGAACCUCGGACUUCUUCCUGGACAGGGCCCUGACCCGCUGCAGCUGCUCUAUCCACGCCGCCCGUCGUCUGCCCUGCCGCCACCUCUUUGCGGCGCGCCUCCUCACGGGGGCAGCCUUAUUCCACAUGGACCUGCUCAGGGACUGCUGGGGGAGAGCCCCAGAGCCCUGACCCAUCGGGCCCCCGCCUGCCACCCUCCGCUGUGAGGGCAGGAGGGCGCUCUUCGAUCCCAAAGAUAACAGGGCUGAGGCCAAGGAGGCCACCUCAGUCCCUCUGGCCACUUCCUGUGUCAUCCAGGGACCUCACCUUGGGCCUCUCUGGGCCCUAGGGGAAGCUGACAGUGGUCUCUGAGGUCCUGGAGGCACAGUGUGGAAGAGGGUGGCGGCUAGGACGGCUCCUGAGGGCCUCCCUCAGGAGAGGAGAUGUGUGAUGAGACAGGGGAUAGAAGGGGGGGGCAGACGGGGGGCAGAAG